GGUGAUAAGUAGUUGUCCUGCAGUCAGUCUGUAUUGUGUCUGUGUGCGAAGUCAGAAGGGAGAGACUGCAUUCACAAACAUUAACCGUUGAUUGUUUGUCCUGGAUUAAUUUCAAAACAAGCUGAGACAUGGAGGUCAGCGCAGAGGCCAAGAGGAUCAUGGUCGUGGCUUUGGGGAAACUGUACAGCUCGCGCACCCAGCGAGGGGGUCUUCGUCUCCACCGGAGCCUCCUCCUGACUAUGGUAAUGAAAUCCGCCCGGGACAUGUACCAUGCGGCCCAGGAGACGGCGGAAUGUGUUGCAGCAGACUGGGAACAACAACAGUCCACUACUGAGGUGACCACGGAGCCAACUGGCGCUCAAACGGAGCUCCAGUCUCCCGCUUUGUCUCUGACUUCACCCCGAGAGGAGGUCGAAACCUCCCCCACAGAGCUCCGCCGCGACGCAGAAAACAAGGAGAAUGUGUGCCCGCCCGGACCACACCACUCGAGGAAAAGGAGAGGCAAAGCGGCCGUGGAGCCGGACUUUCUGCCCUGCAAGAAAGCAAGACUUGAGCAGCAGAACUGCCCUCAACAGCUCAUUUUAAGUUCAGUUUUGCUGGACUAUGUGAACUGUAGCAAUGAACUGGGAGCCCCCCCAGCCGCCAUGCCUCUACAGAGAGCCAUUGCAGCGUGUUGAAAACCUACGCGGAUUAAAGGCGUUAAACUUUUCGACACGGCCGGGGGAGCCUGAACGCGCCGGCAAAUGGCCUCUUCCAGGGUCGUUUACAAGAACAACAGGGAUAGUGUUUCCUUCAAGUCCCAUGCAUGACUCGGAACAAGCCAGGGCAUGUUACAGGAAGCACGGAAGCAGCCCUGUUGGCGUGUAGUAGUCCCGGUGACUUUUGGCCUAAUUAUUGGCACAGCUCACAAGGACUGGCUUCAGCUGGCCAAAGGCGGAGCUAAAGGAACCGAUUCUCCUGAAUGAGACCUUGAGCUGCAAUUAUGAACGUUUACAGCUCAACAAAUGUAACAUUAUGAGUGGGGAGCAGUGCUGACUGAAGAUGGGAUGUGUUGAAAUGUAAAACAUUCAAUGACAGCAACUACCUCAGUAUUUAUUAAACAUUUUUGUACUUAAA